CUUAGGGCGUUCAACCUCCUAGGUCGCCGUACAGUUAGCCACUUAUGCCUCCCAUAGUUGGUGGUGCGCCUCCUCUGAGGGAGGUACGGGCGCUACAGUUCGGUAUACUCAGCCCAGAUGAGAUUGUGAGUUUUCAAUUCUAAUAAGUGACUAGGGUUUCAAAGUUAUGUGUUGGUUUAAAAUCGAUGGUAGACUUAGUUCAUGUUAAUAAAGUUUGAAUUGGCUUUAAACUUUUAAUAUGUAAAUACAGAUUCAGAUUUGUGUAGUAAGGACAUAAGGCCCAUGGCCUAUGUUGUUCCUUUUCUAGUAUGCUUAUGUGUGUCUAGUCUUCUCUUGAAAGAGUCAAUUGAAGGCGCGGCCACCACUGCUUCGGGCAGCAGGUUCCAAGUGUUGAUGAUUCGGUGUAAAAACCUGUAUGCCACAGGUAUUUUGUUUGUUCUUGGCUUUUCUACUCGCCUGCUACGUCUGAGAUGUCCGGAUCUGGUGGGAAGAAAAAGAGAGAAUGAGCUAGGUCCAAAAUCAUUUCUCAGCUUUCUGUACACCAAAAUUAGAUCUCCCCUUAGUCUGCGACAGGACAGAGCAAAGUGGUCCAGCUUUUAAAGCCGCUCUUUGUAUGGUAAACCCUGGAGUUCUGGAAUUGCACAGGUAGCUGCCCUCUGUACUUAUUCUAGGAUAUCUGAGUCACCUUUAAAACAAGGGCUUGUAGCCUGAACGCAGUUCUCAAGCUUAGUUCCCACUAAGGUUGUAUGUAUUGUAGUAAAUAUGGUGGUAUCUAGCUUAAUGAAUGUUUUAAAGCCCAGAGGGUUCUAAACCCCUUAGCUGCAACCUCCUGGUAAUGGGCCGUCGUCUUAAGAUUGACUCACUGUCACCCCUAGAUCCUUAUGAGACCGGACCACGGGUACUGGCACUUCUCCUAUGCUGCACCCAUUAACGUUUGUAUCCCCAAAGUGCAUGUAGACACUGCCGCGCUGAUAGGCAUCAGCCACUCUUUAGACCAGUUAAUCAUAUUAUUUAAGUCUGCCUGAAGAGCGCAUGCGCCUGCAGUUAAUACUCGCCAAGCUUUCACAUCGUUAGCGUAUAAUAACAUUGGAGACUACUAUGCUUGGUAGAUCAUUUACUUACAGUAUAAAAAGUAAAGGACCUAGGACGGAACCUUGAGGUACUCCAAUAAGUACUUGUCUCCAGAUGGAGCACUUGGAAUUUAUUCUUAAUUUCUGUCUACGACCUACUGGGAAAUCCUUAAGCCGUUUUAAAAGAAGUCCGGCAAUACCAAGAUUUUCUAACUUCAAUAGCAAUCUAUUAGUUGGCACCUUGUCAAAAGCCUAAGUCAAGUCUAUGUAGAUAAUAUCCACUGAGUUUCCGUUGUCUAGUGCCUUUAUCCAUAAUUCCCUUGCUACAAAAAGGUUCGUUGUACAACCUUUUUCUAAAACCAUAUUCGCUGUUCAACAAGUUAUUGGUUCCCAUAAAUGUCAUUAUGGUCCGUUUGACUAUUCUUUUCAAUAUUUUAACUAAAACUGGUGAGGCUUACCAAUCUGUAGUUCGAUAGUUGUCUUGGUCCUGUUUUAUGCAUGGGAGUGACGAUUGCGUCCUUCCAGUUCAUAGGUAACACGCUUUGGUCAAGUGACAUAUUGAAUAUCACAGUCGAUGGGGCUGCGAUAUAUUGUGCAUUAUAUCUCAAGAUUUUGGGGUGUAGUUCAUCUGAUCUUAUUGACUUUUCUAUGUCUAAAGUGCUAAGAGCCCUAAGUACAUCGUCUUAAUCGAAGUACAUGGUGAGCAGGUGUUCUGUUGACUGUUUUUUGAUCUGGCUCUUUGUCUAGAGGAGGUUCCUGAGUGAAUACAAACGAUCUUAUUAUACAGUCCCGACAAGGAUUCGUGGAAACGUUGCGUACUUGAAUCAAUUUCGGAGUGUCUCACGCACCCUACUGAGAUUGGUUUUAGCCGAUAGGGAACGCGUGUACGGAGAGAUUUGACCAUGCACUAAAAUCUUUUAACAUUCCUUCACAACAAAAAUUCUCGCAAUUGGACUUACUAGUCAUCUGCCUGAUAGUUCUUCAGGCGUGUUCCCCUCGUUCUUCAUGCCGUUGAGCUCUGCGAAUUUUAUGUGACUUGAAAUGACAUUGAUCGUUGUCUCGCUACGUUAACUCCCUAUCACACAAACUAAAUCCACCUACAUGUAGUUUGAUUAGGAGCUCAUGUUUUAUUUUUUACACAUGCAGCAAUGGGUCUAAGUACAAAUAUUUACUGCAAUCCCGCUUGCAAUCUAAUAGUAGAUGGGUGUUGUAACAUCCUUCACUUAUUAACUCAAGAUAACUGUCAACCAAUAUCAAAAUCAGAACCUCCAAUACGAAUGUCAAGACAAUUCUAUUGUACGGAGCUGAAACUUAGUGAGCUACUACCAUCAUCAAAGAAGUACAAGUAUGUAUAAGCAGUUGUCUACGCAAGAUACUCAAUGUCCGUUGACCGGAUGUCGUCAGCAACAACCUUCUAUGGGAGAGAACAAACUAGCUUUAAGUUGAAAAGGAAAUUAGGAAAGGACGCUGGAAGUGAAUAGGGCAAACUCUACUGAAAUCAUUAAACUGCAUCACGAAGCAAGCGCUAACUUGGAAUCCUGAAGGGAAACGGAAACGAGAAUGACCAUUAGAUGGUGGUUGGAGGUAGUCGACAGGAAACCAUGGACCCGGGUUUCGUGCUACUUGGCACUCGUCAGCAAGAUGUAGCUGUAAUCUUGAGGGAACUGGUGCCUCCCUGAUGGAUUCGAUCCCGUGCCACCCAGCUUCAGUCAGGUACGUUACUACUGAGCUAUCGAUAGCAUUCGAUCUGCACUAACAAGGACUUGACACACAUGACAUAUAUCACCACCCAGUGAUCAAUCAGUUGUGAGAGAAUGAAUAUGGAAUACACUGUGUCGGGAUUUAGAAGCAGACCACAAGGAUGAAUAACAAGUAGAAGCAAUUGAAGGGGAUUGUCCAGGACAGAGUUGGAUAAAAAAUGCUGGUCGGCGGCUUAUACUCCUCGGUGAGGGGUAACAGGCAUAAGAAAGUAAUUUACGUAGAGAGGUAGUACGAUCUCGAACAAAUAGAUGAAUGAAAACAAGUGCACGGAAGAGUGUAUAAUGAUAGAAGUAGUUCCGUUAAAAAAUGUACAACUGGGACCAUUUCAGUUUAUGUUCCUUUCAGUUUUAUGGAUUAAGAGGAAAUUAUGACAGAUAAGCCAUUGGUUUUUAUUCUGAGCUAUGUCUAAUAACGUAUCAAGCUACUGUGUUGCACUAUCUCUUUAACCUUAACCAGGCAGUUGUGGUAGACUAACAGAUUGUCAUACCCCGACACCAUAUUUUAAACUGAUCAUUAUCAAUGAAGAAAGUCUAUGUUUGCCUGAUUGAACCGUUGUGUGUGCAUAGUUCAUUCCAGACAUCUUAUACUAAAGAGUACUUUAAACUCAUACCAUCAGGCUCUGAACACGAUGAAGAACGAAAACAAAUAAGUUCUAGGUCAAACGAAAGUCUAAGUAACGACCGUGAGCAGUGGUGGGCAACAAAAGCAAGAGAUAGAAAAGGCAGCGGCUGUAAGUAACAUCAGAUGGCUUCUCAGACUAAUAAAAGAAAUUGGAGUUAAGAAGUCGAGUGUAAGUGAGAUCUCAGAAAAAGACGACACUUACCUACUCUCAGCCCAGACGUUUAGAACGAUAGACGGAACACUUUUAGGAGCAGUUCAGUUGACCUCCAGCUACUCUACAAAUACCCACCAUUACCAAACAGCCUGGGCGGAACAUUGAGGUAGGUCCCCCGACCCUAGUUGAAGUUCAAAACCCGUAGUUAAUCUGAAACGAGGAAGGGCAGCUGGUCCAGGUGGAUUGGCCCCAGAGGUCUUUAAGGAUGGUAGUCCAAUUUUAGCGAUUAGGUCAACUAAUAUUUUAGCUAAAAUCUGGGAGUUAGACGUUAUUCCAUCUGACUGGUCACAAUCGCUGGUUGUCCCAAUAUAUAAGAAGGAGUCAAAAUCAUGUUGUGCUAACCAUAGAGCGAUUACUUUGACUAACAUAGCAUCUAAAAUACUAGCCUCAAUAAUUAUCGGACGCCUAACUGAGACUUGUGAACUGCAAACACGAGAAAAUCAGGCCGGUUUCAGACCUGAUCGUGUCUGCAUCGACCACAUAUUCAUCGUUCAUCAGGUUCUAGAACUCAGGCAUGCUUAUCAGCGUCCGACAACGAUAGUUUUUCUUGAUUUAACAGCAGCAUUUGACUCAGUAGACCGAGAGGUUCUGUGGCAGUGUCCAUCAUUGAAAGGUGUACCUCAGAAGUACAUAAAGCUUGUGAAGGCUCUUUACUCGAACACUACCAGUAGAGUCAGAGCUUAUGGCGAACUGUCAUCUGAUUUUGCAACCUCAAUUGGUUUCCGUCAAGGCUGUCCACUGUCUCCAUUUUUGUUCAACUCCAUCAUAGACCUUCUGCUGGAAAUAACGUUUUCGUCGUCUGAAUUUCCAGGAAUAGAUCUAUCAGGAUGUCCACUUCUCGACUUAGAAUACGCGAAUGACAUGGUCCUGUUUGAAGGCGCUGGUAAAAUGAAGAGUCAUUUGAUAGCAUUAAACAACAAUGCCAGGAUGUUUGGGAUCCCUUUUCUCUCGAUCUAAAUGCAAGUUGUUGCUUCAGGAUUAGUCUGCGUCAACACCUGAACCAAGGAUAGAGAGUAAAAUAGUCGAACGCGUUGACAACCUCACUUAUCUUGGUAGUCAGCCCCAAUGGAUUGGUGUCUGACGAAGUUUCUGUACGGAUUCAGAAAGCUCGUUUGGCUCUUGCCAACUUACGUCACCUAUGGCGAAGUCAUUGACUUCUGGUUUGAACCAUGUUAGUAGUUGCAAACUACUUGAUCGGGGUCCGCGCGACUAUCGUAACCAAUGGUUGGAGACACUGGGUGACAUGUCCCAGAAUCGACUACAAUGGGGUAUGUGUAUACAAUCUUUGUCUUCCCUUAAGGUGUGAGACUAAAAUACCUUUAUACCUUUCUGUCUACGUACUAAUUCUUCUUUCCUGUAUUAUAUCCUUAUGUGCAAUCUUUCUUUUAUAUAUUCCUACCAUUGAAGUGACUACUUGUAUGAAUUUGGUGUCCAUCUUGUUUUGCUAAUGGGGUAUGUCAACUUCGAUGGAUGCAUAUAUAUUCCUGAUCAUACGUUGUAGCUGACUUGAAUGUUUCGGACUAAAUCUAGGAUUAAGUGGAGUGGUUGACAAGAUAUUUACUUUGAUAGUUUUGUGCUCAAAAGUAAUAAAUAAAAGGAUAUAUCGAGCCAGCGAGAUGUGUUAAACGCACUGAUUAUUACGGCUAUGAAAUGUAAAACAUAGCGACCAGGUAUUGUAAAUCACUAUCACUUGUCUCACAGAUUGCUGAAGGUUCUAAUUUUUGUAGAGGUGAAAAUAUAAUACACUACCAUAAAAGUUGAUAAUAAAUGAUAUGACAUGUGUCUGAGCACUAGUAAAACCAUUAAGUGUCUUAUGUCAAGUACAAUAAAAAUCUAUUUAAGCCUCAUUUUAUCGGGUCGUAUGUCAAUCAGUUAUUCAGUAGUAACCACUUUUAGGAUACAAAUUUCUAAUUAACUUCUUUAGUAUGUUAAAUAAAUCAUUGCCAUUCACUAACCUUUUAUAGAAAGAAUUAUCCGUCACUGCAGAUGGUGGAAUCAAGUAUGCAGAGACCAUGGAAGGAGGGAAACCAAAACUUGGUGGGUUGAUGGAUCCUCGUCAGGGUUGUGUAGAUCGUAGCUCUAUCUGUCAAACAUGUAGUGGCAGUGUAUCAUCUUGCCCAGGACAUUUUGGUCACGUGGAACUUGCGAAACCCGUCUUCCACAUUGGCUUCCUUAAAAAAACUAUGAAGGUCCUACGCUGUGUCUGUUUCUACUGUUCAAAGAUUCUAGUUGAUGUGCAGUCGUCAAGGAUCCAAGAGAUACUACGCAAAACAAAAGGCGAUAAUAGACGAAGAAUGUCUUUUAUGUAUGAAGAGUGCAAAACACGAUCUGAAUGUAUAUCUAAUGAUGAUCAAGUCCAAAGCGAAAAUGAUGUCAGCCUCAGUAGUAAAGUAAAACGCUCUGGUUGUGGACGUUAUCAACCUCGUUUUCGUCGUAAUGGACUUGAGCUUACUGCUGAAUGGAAAAAAGUAAACGAGGAAUCACAAGAACGGAAGAUUAAUUUGACUGCUGAACGCGUAUUAGAAGUUUUUAAGCGUAUGUCAGAUGAAGAUUGCUUAUCUCUCGGGUUUGAUCCACGUUAUGCACGACCUGAUUGGAUGAUUGCAACUGUUCUGCCAGUCCCUCCUCUGUGUGUCCGUCCUGCCGUUGUGAUGUAUGGAGCCACUCGUAAUCAAGACGAUUUAACACACAAGCUUGCUGAUAUUAUAAAGGCGAACAACCAGCUUCGUCGAGACGAACAAAAUGGUGCAGCAGCCCAUAUAAUUGCUGAAGACAUCAAAAUGCUACAGUUCCACGUCACAACCAUGGUUGAUAAUGAAGUUCCCGGGUUACCUAAGGCGAUUCAGAAGUCUGGACGCCCACUGAAGUCUAUCAAACAACGACUCAAAGGUAAAGCUGGUCGUAUUCGAGGUAAUCUUAUGGGAAAGCGUGUUGACUUCUCAGCUCGUACUGUUAUCACAGCCGACCCCAAUCUCAAUUUAGAUCAAGUAGGCGUCCCACGAACAAUAGCUCAAAAUCUAACUUAUCCUGAGGUAGUUACUCAAUUUAACAUAGAUCACUUGCAAAAGCUAGUACAGAAUGGAACCCUUUAUCCUGGUGCUAAGUUUAUAGUACGUGAGAAUGGAGAUCGUAUAGAUUUACGAUAUCAUCCUAAAGUUUCAGACCUAACACUUCAGGUUGGUUACAUUGUUGAGCGGCAUAUGUUAAAUGAUGACUUUGUGAUAUUCAAUCGUCAACCAACGCUUCAUAAAAUGUCUAUGAUGUGUCAUCGUGUUAAAGUCUUGCCUUGGUCUACGUUUCGUUUAAAUCUAUCUGUUACUUCACCUUAUAAUGCUGAUUUCGAUGGCGAUGAAAUGAACUUACAUCUCCCACAAUCUGUUGAAACGAAAGCGGAAAUAAGUCAGCUAGCCCGUGUUUCACGUUUAGUGAUCACACCACAAGCUAAUAAACCUGUUAUGGGUAUUGUCCAGGAUACGCUAACUGCAGUAAAUAAGAUGACGCAGCGUGAUGUCUUUUUAAAUCGGUCUGAAAUGAUGAACUUAUUAAUGUACUUACCAACUUGGAAUGGUCGUAUGCCUAAACCAGCAAUUUACAAACCUCAACGUCUAUGGACUGGAAAGCAGUUAUUUAGCCUUGUCAUACCUGGUCGAGUCAAUUGUAUUCGUACGCAUAGUACUCAUCCAGAAGAAGAAGAUAUUGGCCCUUAUAAAUGGAUAUCUCCUGGUGAUACUAAAGUUAUUGUUGAUGACGGAGAUUUAAUCUCAGGUAUUUUAUGCAAAAAAACGCUAGGUUCUGGUGCAGGCUCUUUAAUUCAUAUCGUUGCAUUGGAGCAUCAUCAUGAUCAAGUUAACAUGUUUUUCAAUAACAUCCAAACAGUGGUUAACAAUUGGCUUCUUAUAGAAGGACAUACAAUUGGUAUUGCUGAUACAUUAUAUGACCAGGCAACUCGUCGGCAAAUUAGUGGUACAAUUACCAAAGCAAAAGACGCUGUAUUCGAAAUUAUUGAUCAGGCUCAUAAUUACGACUUACAGCCAACACCAGGCAAUACACUUCGACAAACUUUCGAAAACAGCGUUAAUAAAAUUCUUAAUGACGCUCGUGAUAAAACUGGUAGCUGUGCUCAGCGCUCUCUAUCUAAGUACAACAAUUUCAAUAUUAUGGUGGUCGCUGGUUCCAAAGGUUCUCGUAUUAAUAUUUCUCAAGUCAUCGCUUGUGUGGGUCAACAAAACGUUGAAGGUAAAAGAAUUCCCUUCGGUUUUCGUCAUCGUACGCUACCACAUUUUAUCCAAGAUGAUUAUGGUCCUGAGUCUCGUGGCUUCGUUGAAAACUCCUACCUUGCUGGUUUAACACCCACUGAAUUUUUUUUUCACGCUAUGGGUGGUCGAGAAGGCUUGAUAGACACUGCAGUCAAAACUGCCGAAACUGGGUACAUUCAACGUCGUCUAAUUAAAGCUAUGGAAUCAGUUAUGAUCAAAUACGAUGGGACUGUUAGAAAUCAAAUCAACCAGUUAAUUCAACUUAGAUAUGGUGAAGAUGGGCUGGAUGCAACCCAUGUGGAGUUUCAGCGCCUUCCAACAUUCAAACCAUCUAAUGCUGUUUUUGAACACGGUUUUCGGUUCGACAUUGGCAACGAAAGAGUUCUGAGACGAUGUAUGCCCGAGGAUGUUGUCCGCAGUUUGGCUACAGAUUCACAAACACAAUCGGAACUAGAGUCAGAAUGGCUGCAGUUGUGUUCUGAUAGAGAAAUACUUCGUUCUGUCAUCAAAAAAACGGAUGACUCCGUUGUUUUACCGUGUAACAUUAAUAGACUAGUGAUGAAUGCUCAAAAAAUUUUCGAAAUAGAUCCGCUUUCAAAAACAAAUAUCCAUCCCAGACAAGUUGUUGAAAUGGUUCGAGAGACUUGUAAGCGUCUGAUAGUUGUGCCAGGUGAUGAUCGGCUGAGCAAAGAAGCCAACGCAAACGCUACACUCCUGUUAAGCUCACUGAUUAGAGCAUCGCUAUGCGCCAAAAAAGUAAUCAUUGACUACCGCCUUAGUUACGAGGCUUUAGAUUGGGUGUUAGGUGAAGUUCGUGCCCGUUUUCAACAAGCCCAUAUUCACCCAGGUGAAAUGGUUGGAGCACUAGCAGCUCAAUCUCUCGGAGAACCAGCUACUCAAAUGACUUUGAAUACCUUCCACUACGCUGGUGUGUCUGCUAAAAAUGUCACUCUUGGUGUUCCUCGUUUGAAAGAAAUAAUAAACGUAAGCAAACGUCCGAAAACUCCAUCUAUGACUAUCUUCUUGACUGGUCAAGCUGCUAGAGAUGCAGAACGAACAAAAGAUGUUGUUGCACGACUAGAGCAUACUACUUUACGUAAACUGGUCAACAGCACUUACAUAUAUUAUGACCCAGAUCCCCAAAAUACCGUCGUUGAAGAAGAUAGAGAAUGGGUAUCCACAUAUUACGAGUUACCAGAUUUUGAUGUUAGCGCAAUUAGCUCUUGGAUGCUUCGCAUUGAGUUCACUAGAAAAGGUAUGACUGGUAAAAAAUUAUCAAUGGAACAAAUCGCAGAUAAAAUAACACGAGCUUUCGGUAAUGAUCUUAUAUGUCACAUACCAGAUGAUAAUUUAAAGCUGGUCAUGAGAAUUCGUAUUAUGAAUAGUGACUUGGAAAAAGAUUUUAAGGAUGCUGAUACCACCUCUGAUAAAAUGGAAGAUGAUACAUUUCUUCGUUUUAUUGAAGCAAAUUUAUUAACUGAUAUUACUCUCCAGGGAAUACCUCAGAUCACAAAAGUGUACAUGCAUCUACCUAAAACGCAAGAUAAAAAGCGUGUGGUUAUCAAAGAUGAUGGAAGCUUUGAUACGGUUGCAGAGUGGAUGUUAGAAACUGACGGCACUUGUCUGAUGAGAGUCCUUGCUGAACGAGAUGUAGAUCCGGUACGCACAGUCAGCAAUGAUAUUGUAGAAAUUUUUGAAGCUCUUGGAAUUGAAGCUGUGCGUAAAGCAAUAGAAUGUGAGAUGCAUCAUGUCAUUUCUUUUGAUGGCUCGUAUGUCAAUUAUCGUCAUCUGGCGUUAUUGUGUGAUAUUAUGACUGUCAAAGGACAUCUCAUGGCUAUUACUCGGCAUGGUCUUAACCGUUUGGAUACGGGAGCUUUGGCUCGUUGUAGUUUUGAAGAAACAGUUGACAUACUUAUGGAAGCUGCUAUCCAUUCUGAGUGUGAUCCAAUGGCUGGUGUCUCAGAAACUAUUAUGCUCGGUCAACUGGCUAGAAUUGGGACAGGUUGUUUUGAUUUGCUUUUGGACUCAGCCAAGUGUCAGGAAGCGCAACCUAUACCACUCGGUGGUGUCUUGGGAAUGGGUUUAUUCAAUGCACCAGGUUUCGAGGGUCUUGCUGCACUUGCUUCACCUGGAUUGGGCUUGACUAUGAAUGCAGAUGGAAUACCUGUACUUGGGGAUAGUGGUUAUCAUACACCAUGGGAUAACGCCCACUCUCCUGUUGGUUCUGUGGAUUCUCCAAGUUACCGUGGAGGCCUUGGCGGCGCUACAGCUCCACAUAAUGCUAUGUUCUCCCCGGCUAUGCGUUACGAUUCUUCUUUAUCUCCUGGUCGAAGUCCUCAGUUAGACAGUCCUCGUACUCCGGAAGCAUUUUCACCAGCUGCAUAUGUUGGCUUCAGUAGUCCUAUGUCUUUUAUGGGUACUCCACAAACGGAAUUGGGUUCACCUGGCUCUAGUCCUGGACAUUCUGGGAGCCUCAGUAGUGGUUCUUUUGGGUAUGGAGGUCCUGGAAGUCUUCGUGCCGAUAUAUUUUCACCCAUACAUAAACCAUCCUACGCUGGCACAGGCAGCAGUUCAAGUUUCAGUGCUAGUGGGGAUAGCAACUCACCAACGUUCUCAUUACAACAAUCCUAUGAACCUAUGUCUGUCGGAUACACUCAACGUUCUCCACACCAUCCCAGUUUUUCAGGAUAUGGAAUGAUAUCUAGUGGGUCUCUUGGUCCGUCCAGCGAUUCACCCGAUAGCAUAAAUUAUUCUUAUAGCCCGAACAGUCCAAUGCCUACAGGUGGGGGUAGUUCAAUGAGUCGAGAUUUCAGCGGUUGGGGCGUUUUGCCUGGCUCAGAAACUCCUGGAGUCUCUCCAAGUUCACCUUCACCCGGUAUGAGCGCAAGCAGUUUAAGUGGUAGCAGACCAUCUUUUUAUCCAAAUAGUCAACCUGCUUCACCACUAUCAUUUAAUGCUUCUCCUUCUGCCCCCCGUUACAGUCCUCCGACGUUAGCUGGAAGUUCCUCAGUGGAAAGUUAUUCUCCACAGAUGACUACCCCCAGUUCUCCGGGUGGUGCUCCAAGUGGAACUUUGGGAGGACCAAGUAAUUCUCCACUUUCUUAUCCAACUACUCCAAACUAUCCUAUGUCUCAUGGUUUAAGUACUGGAACUGGCCUGGGAUCUUCAAGUCUUCUGGGCUAUUCAGGUACUGGUUUCUCUGGAUCCACCCUUGGCACCUCAGCAUAUAGCCCAUCAACUUUCCAUACUCCUUCAUCACACUACUUUAUGACCACUCCUCGACCAGGUUCACCAUCUCCCAGUCCACGAGAGUAUUAUCCAACUCCUGAUACACGGCGAUAAUAAACUAUGGUCCAGUGAAUCAGAGUUCUAAAUAAUCUCUAAGAUAACUGUACAUAAAUAUGUUUUAAAUAUGAAAUCAUCUGAGGUGAUUCAAAAUUAACAUUUUUUAAAUCGUUUUUUCUAAGUUCCUACUUUAAAAGUUGUGUCAUUGUCAUACUUUAAUAACAUUAAAUUUCAGCGAAAUCACUGUCGUUUGUUCUGAUAAACCCUCUAAGUUAAGUCUUUUACACUCGACAUACUAAAUUUCAAGCAAUAAUUAGGUGUACUGAUAUGGUUAUAUUGAACCUAGAGUGAGAGAUCAACUGUUAAAUAACUAUCUUUUGGUAUCGUGUUUUGAUUCAUUUAAGGAUUCUGUAUGUAGUUAAGACAACUAUAUCGAAAUUUAAUUCGGUUUACUAUAUCUCAUAAAGAUGGUGUCUACUGGUCUCAAUGAAAUAAUAAACUUCCGAAGUUCAAAACAAUCCAUUUGUUUGUAACAGUUCUGAUUGUAUGACCAUCAUUAAUAUUCUAUUUUAAUGACAGAAUUUAAAAUUCUGUUUUUUACUAGUAAUUUUGGGGCUUGUUCAUGUCUCUGAAGUCAACAUACACUUAAAAAUUCUGCAAUAACAUAGCGAAACUAAUGUUUUGUUUCUCAUGCUAAUACCAAACUGUGAAGUAAUGACAAAACACUAUAGCAUAUGAGGGUAUUACCUUACAUAGUUCUCAUCCG